AUGUUGCUCGAGAGCUUUCCUUUGCAGAUUUGCAGCCUGAUGCUUCCGCUUCGGUCCUGCACAUCGCUUGGAAGCUUCUUUGUCUUCGGCUUCUUCGGUACCUUCAGGGCAGCAUCUUAUGCGAUCCGGUCCUUUGCGGUGACUGGGGGUAAGAGCACCUUUGCGGCGGCAGCCUCGGCUCUUGCUUCGUCUGAGCAUUCCUUUCGCACCUCGUCGGGUGCCCUGGAAAAGGAAUGGGUGCAGGUUCGCGGCCGUUGGAGUCGUGUUGUUCCCUGGCUGCUUCCUUUGAGUUCCUUCUUGCAGGAGCUCCUUGCCAAGGCGAACCACGCUGAGCUUCUGGAGCUGCUUUGGCGCCGGAACUCAGCCACCACUGUGAAGCGCUAUUUGCAGUCGCUUUUUCGAGUUUUCUCGAUGAUGGAGGACUUGGAGGUCCCUUUUCCCUCCUUUUCCCAGCUCCAGCUGCAUGAUGCUGUUCUUGCUUUACAUCGCACCUUUGACGGCAGCCUCACUUUCGGCGAUAAUGUGCUCAAGGCUUUGCGCUGGUCUCAGAAGGCGUUCCAGCUCGACUUGCCUAGCUUGCACAGUGGUGUCUUCGCCGCUUCAGCUUUAUUUCAGCGAACUGGUGAGAAACGCGAGGCACCACCGAUUCCACUUGCAUUUGCUGUGUGGCUGGAAUUUUCCUUUAUUCAGGGCAUCGAGGACAUGGCUGAGCGCAUGUUUGUUGGGGCCGUUUUGCUUUGCCUGUGGGCGAGUUUGCGAUUUGGUGAUGCCCAACACGUGCGAUGGUCUUCCUUGCUUUUCGAUUUGGCAAGCCUCCGCGGCUGGUGCUAUAAGACCAAGACGCACCCUAGAGGAACACCCUUUGCCGUCACCUCGGGUGGCUUUUGUGGCUGCCGCGCGGGUAACGACUGGCUUGCUUUGUAUUGCAUUUCCCUGAACCAGGUCUUGGCUGAUUGCCGCCAGUGCUUUGCUGCCGAUUGUGACCCCGAUGCUCUUUUCUUUUCUUUUGAUGCUGGGGCCACUUUCCUUUCGUAUGGCGCUCAGACCAAUCAGAGUGAGCAAGAUCGUGCGGUGCAGGGGCAUCACAAGUUGGGCUCUGUGCUUCCCCCUCGGGAUUUUGCUUUGUGCUUGGACCUGUCCGAGGUGCAUUGGAUUCUACGCUUCGACUCUGGAACGCGACCGGCUCAGAAUGCUGAGGCUCCUGCUUUGCCAGCUGAGGUUGCUUUGCCGGAGCCGUCUGCCCUGUCGUCGGACCAGCUCUCUGCUGAGAAGUCUUUGCCGGUUACUUUGGCAGCUCCGGACCCAGGUGAGGUUUCGGAGGCAGAGUCUGAGGACCUUGGCCAGCCCGAGGAGAUCAGUUUGAUUUCUACUUUGCAAGGCAAGGUUCUCCACUUAAACGUGGCGGGCCCUGGGUGCUCGCCUCGCCCUGCUUGUGGGUGCUUUGCGAAAGGCUGUGUGGUACGACUGAGCUCGCGUACGCUGGCCUUUGCCUUACUUGCUGGGGGUCAUGGUCUUGGCAAUCAUGUUCGCUCUCGCUGCUUUUGGCUUAUUUGUGGUAGAUCGUCUCCUUUGCCUAUGCCGCGCUACUUUGGCUCCCAUCUGCAUUUGCUGUCGCUUUACUUUGCGCAGAAGAUGCACUCCGAGCAGUUCAAGGCCAUCAUCAGCAACCUUCCUUUGCACCAGCUUUGCAAAUAUUUGUGCGAGAAGGCGCACCGCUGCCAAAGCAAACGAGAGUUAGCUCUUUCUUGCAAAGAGAAGCUGGAGUCCGGGACGAGCUCCGAAAGAGCACCAUCAACUUCAGCCACCGAGGUGGCCGACAUGGCAAAGGACGGCACAUCCCAAUCUUCUUCCUUCAAGGCUUGCACCAGUGAGGCCGGGACCUUGAAGGAGGCCGCCAAGGCGAGAGGAUCCAAAGUAGAAGCAGGGGCCGCAUCGGCAGCGCUAGUGCUGGUCUGUGGCAAAGUAGAAGACGAAGUCGGCGAAGCACUGGAAGGCUGCAAAGGAGAUCCUGCAAAGGAUCCUGCAAAGGAGGGUCGGUGGCAUCCUGGGCAGCGGCUGCAGGGUCGACCUUCGGAGGAGGCAAAGGAGGAUCCACAGAAGGAGCCGGGUCCGCAGAAGGAGUCAAAGGAGGGCUCUCGAGGCUUGCAGUCAGGCAGUCAAGCAAAGCAAGUCUGCCCUCCUCCGGCACCCACAACAAAGUCCCAUAGACCUCUGAACCAUCCUCCUGCGAUGACUUGUGGAGCUGCUUUUGCUUUGCCGGAUCCUCCGGCCGAUCCGGCUUCGCUCUCUGCUCGGGAGUCGGCCUCGUCUUGGGCGAGCCCGUUUCCUCCCAAGGUUGCUGCGGAUACUUUGCAAUCCCUCAAGAAAGAGUUCUUGAAGUCUUAUACUUCUGAAGUCUUGGACCCGGACACUUUGCCCUCUCCCCGCCUUUUGGCUCUGGUGAAGGCCAACGUCGAUGCUCUUCCUUUGCGAUCAGGACAGUAUCGCUUUGAACUCCAGGCCGAGGUUGUCAUCUCAGCACGCUUCGUGCCUAUGAGGCUCGAACAUGCUGAUCGCAUGCUUUGGGAGCAAAUCUCUGCUCUCCUUUGCGAAGACUGGAAGCUGGAUGACACCCUGCACCAAGUGACUGCUGUGAGGUCGUCUUUGCACGUUCUCCUUUGCCCUCGCCCUUCCCUGCCAAAGAACACCCUGACCAACAAGAGCCAGCAGCUGGGCCGUGACCCCCCCAAGGGUUUGGGUCGAGGUCGGGGCGGCCGGGGCAGAAACGGCAAGGGCAGGGGCGAACGAGGUGACAAAGGCGCAGAAUCGGGCUCCAAGCGCCACAAGUGGGCUACUACCUUCAAUGGCAAGACACUUUGUCUCCGCUUUAAUUCUCGUUCUGGUUGCUCGGAUAAGAAUUGCAAGUACCUGCACCAAUGCUGUGUGGUGGACGAGAACAACAACAAGGGUCAGGGUGAGGCCUUGACUGGGUCGGCGGCUUUGUCACCCGCGAUUUCUCCUUCGUCUGAGAGCAGUUCUUCUGAUGCCUUGGAGGCUUUUUCUCCCACUUUGCCUUCAGCGCGGAUUUCUUCUCAGCCCGCUGCGGUCGGGCCCUCACCUCUUCCUUUGUCGUCUGAGGCAGUGCCCACAGGAGACACAGCUCCGCCGUUGCAGCCUAUCAUGGUGGAGCUUGGUCACGCUGCUUCGGGCUUUUUCUCCGACCCCGCAAUGGCCGCGGGUUUCUCCUACGCGUUCUUUUCUUUUGGUGCAGACUCUCCUGCACCUUCUCUUUGUCAGGACGAUGCUGUGGCUGCUUUGCUUCGCUGCGCUUUUGCAGGAGUUAUAUCAGUCAUGGCAGUGCACAUCUUUGACCUCGAGGCCGGUCCUGUGGGGGAUCGUGUUCUGCAUCGUCUUUGUCAGUUGCUCUUGGCCACAUUUCUCGGUGGUGGUCACAUUUUGCUUUUCAUGCAUUCGGCUUCGGGUCUUUGGACCCAACGGGCCACGAGAUCUCUUCUUUUGGAGGAUAUUUCGGUACUUUUGGGCAGGUCGAAUCCGGCCUCCUGUUCUCCAAUAUCACUUUCUUUGGAUGCUCUGGUUGCCUUGCGCCCGGUGAAGCAGGCUCGUGACCUUCCCAUUGCCUCCCAGGAUGGCGGCGGCAUUCAUUCUAAGCCCGACUGGUCGGUGCCGCCUUCUUCGGCUUCGGGGGUCUUUGCUCAACUUCGGAAGGACUUCCUUACUUUUAUUCUGCAGCAUGGUCUUCACAAGCGCCUUCGGGCACAUGUGGCCGCGGCUUCGGCAUCUCCUUUCUUUUCCGAGGCAGAGGUUUUGUCUUUUCGGGGGAUCGCGAAUCGUUGGUUUGCGGCCCAAGGUUGUCGCGACGAAGUCAAUUGGGCUAAGCCUCCGGGCCAACCUUAUUGUCUUCACGCCUUGCAUUCGCUCAGCCAGUUGGUGAAGGACGCCGACAAGCAUUUGUUCUUAGCCCUGCUCGAGGGCGUUCCUACUGGUUACGAUGGCGAUAUUCCUAAAUCCAAUGUCUUUACGCAGCAUGAUAAUCCGCUUUCGGACGGCGAUCUCUUGCUUUGCUUUGGUAACUGGACCGGAGCCGAGGCCGACCCUUCUUUGCUUUGCGAACUUCUGCAGAAGGAGGUCGAUGCUGGCUGGUUGGAGACCAUUCCUUUGCACGAGGCCCAGGCGCGUUGGGGCUCUCGUCUCGCGGUCGGGCGCUUGAACAUCGUGAUCGCUCCUGGCAAGAAACCUCGGCUUGUGGUUGACAGCUCGGUGUGCGGUACAAACAGCUGUUGCCAGGUUCCUGAGUCUUAUGCCUUGCCAGGUUUGCAGCACGUGCGCUUUAGCUUUCCUUUCAGGUUGCAUAACGGAGCUUUGGGUGGCUUUUCUUUGGACAUCGAGGCGGCGCACAAAACAGUUCGUGUCCGCGAACGUGACAGAGGCCUUUUGGGCGUGCAGCACACUUUGCCGGAUGGUACUUUGCGCUGUUUGUUUUACCGCGUUUGUCCUUUUGGAGCGGUUUUCAGCGCACAUUGGUUCCAACGAGUCAGUGCUUUUCUUAUACGCAUGCUUCACCCUUUCCUUUAUGUGCGUCACGCACUGUUCAUGUACAGCGACGAUCUGCUGGGCAUUACGGAGCAAUCUGUGCUGGACAUUACUUUUACUUUGGUCCUGGCAUUUUGCGUUUGCUUUGGAUACCCCAUUUCUUGGAAGAAGCUACAAAUGGGCCCCAGCAUCCUUUGGAUCGGCUGGAGCUUCCAGUUCGCGGCUGGAGGGGUCGAGGUUCCUCCCGAUAAAACUGAGAAGUUGCUCAUUGGUCUCCGUGACCUUCUGAAGCAGGAUAGGGUGGACAAGCGUGAUCUGCAUCGUGUCAUUGGCCUUAUUCAGUGGAUUCUGCAGCUCUUUCCUUUGCUCAAGCCAUGGAUGAACACGCUUUAUUGCGAUUUGCAUUCUCCUUUGGGAACAAACUAUAGCAUGGAUCCUGGGGAUUUUCCUUCCAUUGCCGAUUUCUUGGAUGAUGCAUUGACUUUCACGUCCCGCCCGUCGGGGACUGCUAUUCCUUUGGGGUCCAAGCUUCUUUCGGUUCGGCAUGUCCACAUUAAGCGCAAAAGCGACCUUGCUCAGGUUCCUUUGACGUCGAAGCGUCUGUGGCUGCGUGUGGCAGACCCCGCUAGCAGUCGGCGGCGUCUCUCGCCCGCCUCCAAGCAGUUUCUGCUUUACUGGAAGCAUUGGGCUGAGGACCCUCCUCUUCUUCGACCUUUGCAGAUUCCUUUGUCAUCGCCUGUGGAGGCCGCUGCUGACGCCAUGGCGUCCUCCAAUAAGUUCGCCAUUGGAGGCUAUGUCAAGAUGCCUAGUGGCAAUCUUCUUUGGUUUUCGCAGUCUUGGAUCAUGUCCGACCUCGCGUUUACCAAGUUGGAUGUCAGCGACGAGUCAGCGAUGAUGCUCAGGCAUAUAUUGCCUCCUUUGAGACUCUAG